CGUAGCCCGCGCCGUUGCCAGGGGAACGGGCCCAGCUCCUGAAGAGUUCCAUCCUGCCUCGGCCUGGCCUGGCGGGGCUGUACAGCCAGCCCGCUCCAGCCGGUGCCCGAGGACUUGCCCGCCCGGCCUCCGUCGCGCGGCCCGGGAUGGGGCCCCGCUCCGGGCUGCGCCACCGCCUGGUCCCGAGGACCAUCUCCGUUGUGAGGGUCUGAAGUGCAGCCACCGUGGGAGGGUGGACGGCCAGGCGCGGGGGCUGAACUACCGGGUGACCUUGGCAGGGCCGAUCUGGCUCGGUCGACGCGACGCGCAGAUGAUUUCAAGUCAGCAAACAUUUACUGAGCACCUACUAUGUACAAGGCAUGGGCUCCCGAAAGGAGAGUCCAGCUGCCAGGGUUUUGUCCCUUACUCCUGGCUAUCCCACCAAGGGCUCUGAGUUGGCCUGUCUCCCCAGGUGUGGCGCUGCCUGCCCAGGCGCUAGUCCUCCCUCAGGCCCAGAAGAUUCUGGAGAUGAACGUCUGCAACAAGCCCUCCAACAAGACAGCCCCUGAGAAGAGUGUGUGGACAGCGCCUGCACAGGCCAGCAGACCCUCCCUGGAGCUGCAGGGCCAGCGGUCCCGCCGGAAUGGGUGGAGCUGGCCCCCUCACCCGCUCCAGAUUGUGGCUUGGCUGCUGUACCUCUUCUUCGCUGUGAUUGGCUUUGGGGUCCUUGUUCCCCUCCUGCCUCACCACUGGGUGCCCGCUGGCUAUGCUUGCAUGGGCGCCAUCUUUGCCGGCCACCUUGUGGUUCACCUGACUGCUGUCUCCAUCGAUCCAGCAGAUGCCAAUGUGAGGGACAAGAGCUAUGCAGGCCCCCUGCCCAUUUUCAACCGCAGCCAACAUGCACACGUCAUUGAAGACCUGCAUUGCAACUUGUGCGACGUAGAUGUGAGCGCUCGCUCCAAGCACUGCAGCGCCUGCAACAAGUGCGUGUGCGGUUUCGACCACCACUGCAAGUGGCUCAACAACUGCGUGGGCGAGAGGAACUACAGGCUCUUUCUACACAGUGUGGCAUCUGCUUUACUGGGUGUCCUGCUCCUCGUGCUGGUGGCCACUUAUGUCUUUGUGGAGUUCUUUGUCAACCCCAUGCGGCUGCGCACCAAUCGCCACUUUGAAGUCUGCCUGUGCCUUGCAGUCCUGAAGAAUCACACAGAUGUGUGGUUCGUGUUCCUGCCCGCUGCCCCUGUGGAGACCCAGGCUCCUGCCAUCCUAGCCCUGGCUGCCCUACUCAUCCUUCUGGGCCUGCUUUCCACAGCCCUGCUUGGCCACCUGCUGUGCUUCCACAUUUAUCUCAUGUGGCACAAGCUCACCACCUAUGAGUACAUCGUGCAGCAUCGCCUGCCACAGGAGGCAAAGGGGGCCCACAGGGAGCUCGAGUCAUGUCCCCCCAAGAUGCGGCCCAUUCAGGAGAUGGAGUUCUACAUGCGGACCUUCAGCCAUGUGCGCCCAGAACCCCCUGGCCAGGCCAGGCCUGCCACCGUGAAUGCCAAUCUUUCUCAGUUCCUUGCCACCCGAGGCCAAAUGGAGCCCCCCCAACCCUCCUCCCCAGAGACUCUGCCUCCCCGGAUCCGACCCCAGAAAAAGAGGAAGCGGCGUGUGUAUAAGGUGCCAACCUCUGGCACCUCGGAUCGGGAAUCGCCGCUGCCCAGGCUGCCGGGGCCCAGGGGCCCAGGUCGCAGCUCCAGCUCAUCAUCAGAUUCCGCGGGCGCCAGCCCAGUGCAUGCCACUGGACCUGCAGGCGCCUACCACUCGGCGUCAGCAGAGUCCAUGGAUGAGAUUCCAGUGGCACAGACACGCCUGGGCAGCGCUGCUCUGGCCACCCCUGGAGGCAGGGGCCGAGAGCCGGGGCUGGCGCUGCAGGUGCGUGCGCCCGCUGUUUUCGUGAGCCCAAGCAGCGGCGAGCCCGGGGCGCCGGGCGGUCCAGAGACCGGCCUACCUUAGCAGGGCGGAGAGGCAGGAGGGCCAAGGAGGACCGGCCAUCCCGACUCUCUAUGCAACACCCCCACCCUUGCCGCACCGAGUGCACUUUAGGGGCCCCUAUGGCCAGCGGGAUGGGUCCCCUUCUCCCAUGACUCAGCAAUACCCCCUCCCCCCCAACCGGCCAUGAUGCUCCAAUAAACUUUUUUUUUUUUU